CUUAUGGGUCCAAUUUCCUGGUAUGGGUUUUCAGCUCUACAUUUAGGCAGCACCCGUCUGAAAAAUCGUCCCAGUUGACUCACAGAACUUCUGUCAAGAGAUACUGUAUAGCACCACAACAACUGAUGUUGUGUCCCACACAGACCAGAGGAACAGGAACUUGAGGCCAUGGCAGAGCAGGCGGAAGCCCAGGGGACAGGAGAGAAACCACGAACACCCAACACGUCAUCCCUGGACCACCGGGGGACAGGAGAGAAACCACGACCCCCCAACACGUCAUCCCUGGACCACCGGGGGACAGGAGAGAAACCACGAACACCCAACACGUCAUCCCUGGACCACCGGGGGACAGGGGGGACGUUCCAGGAGGGUCAAGAUGUGGAGAAGGGAGAAGUCAUAACCAGAUCCACGAGGGAGAAGAACGGUCGCUUCACCAACCCCUGGCCCACAUGGCACUACCCCUCCUCUGCCUCCCUGCUCCGGUUCUACCUACUCGAUAAGGACCACAGCAACGUACCCCGCUCCAAAGAGGAGUUAGACUGUCAGCUUCCACUGCAGGAUCCUUACUUCAUCCAGAGCCCUGAGGGGUCAGGAACCGUGGGGUCUGGUCUCAGGGUGACCUGGCUGGGCCACGCAUCAGUCCUAGUAGAGAUGGACGGCCUGGUCAUCCUCACUGACCCCAUCUUCAGCCAGAGGGCAUCUCCCUUCCAGUUCAUGGGGCCCAAGAGGUUCAGGGGCCCGCCGUGUACAGUAGAUCAACUACCCAAGGUGGAUGCUGUGCUCAUCAGCCACACGCACUACGACCACCUGGACGUAGGUUCAGUUGGCAGCCUCAAUAAGCGCUUCGGCGCCGAGCUGCGUUGGUUUGUCCCUCUGGGACUCCAGGGCUGGAUGCAGAGCUGUGGCUGUAAGAACGUGAUAGAGUUGGACUGGUGGGAAGAGAGUUGUGUCGCUGUCCCCAGCCCUGUCGCUGUCCCCAGCCCUGUCGCUGUCCCCAGCCCUGUCGCUGUCCCCAGCCCUGUCGCUGUCCCCAGCCCUGUCGCUGUCCCCAGCCCUGUCGCUGUCCCCAGCCCUGUCCCCAGCCCUGUCGCUGUCCCCAGCCCUGUCCCCAGUGGUGUCAGCCAGGAUAAGGUGAUGUUCGUAUUCACCCCAGCCCAGCACUGGUGCAAGCGCACCCCAACAGACGAUAACAGGGUGCUGUGGGGUAGCUGGUCUGUCCUGGGGCCCUGCAACCGCUUCUUCUUCGCUGGAGACACCGGCUACUGCUCCUCCUUCCAGGAGAUAGGGAGGCGAUUUGGUCCGUUCGACCUGGCUGCCAUACCCAUCGGAGCGUACCUGCCCAGAGAUGUAAUGAAGUCACUGCAUGUGGACCCAGAGGAGGCUGUGGAGAUUCAUAAGGACGUUAAGGCCAAACACUCCCUGGCUAUUCACUGGGGGACCUUCGCAUUAGCUCAUGAGUAUUACUUAGAGCCUCCAGUGAGACUCAGGGAGGCCAUAGAGAAGAAUGGGUUGAAUGCGGAGCACUUCUUUGUCCUGAACCAUGGAGAAUCCAGAGUGUUGGGGGGAGAAAGAGAAGAAGGGGGCAUUUGACUGAACAGAUGGGCUACAUUGCCAGAAGCUGCAAUAUUAAAGAGUUUGAACUUCUGACAAAGAAAUCUAAGCUUGGCAUUAUAGCGUUUGCCUGGUAAAAGGGCACUGAUGUACAUAUUUGCAACUUAAAAAAAAAAAGAAUAUGUUUUUAAUGCCAAGUGAUAUUGAUUGCACUAUUAAAUAAUGUUUUACCAA